AUGGCGUUUGACCCGAGUGGGAUUGCAGCACUUUCCGAACUGUUAAAAUCACCAGAAGAGGACGACGAUAGCUCUGAUGUAAGAUAGAAAAAUACUGCUUAAACUUUUUCUUUGAGCCUGGAUGAAAUCUAAAAGUCUUAUUUGUUAUCCUUGAUCGCAGGACGAAAAAAAGCCAGGAAAGAAACUCGUUGCUACGGCGAACCCGGGAAGUAUAGGCCCGCCGAAAAAGAUAGAAAAACCUGGUGAGAAUCUUAUAAGCAGUGACAAAAUGUUUUCCUUAGAUGAAUAACUAUUGUAAAAGUCCACCUGGAAAGAUUUCCGCUUAGCCCAUCAUAUCAUUAUGCAUACAACUCUCGACUCUCUUUAUAUAAUAACUGUUUGUGUGAAGAAAUAGUACGCGAUUGCUGCAUGCAUAAGUUUAAUAGACCUAUGGGACUAUACGGAAAUGCUUCUAUUUAGAAUGUGGACGCGAGAAAGAAGUCUUGAUGGCAAAGAUAAAGACUUAAUCAGUACCGAGGUCGUUAUAAUAUGAAGUUUUGUUUAGUGAUCAAUGACAUACGCACCACAUUGAUUUAAAUAAUUAGGUAAAGAAAAAUCAACAAAGUAAAACAGAACAAUAAGAACAUUCGAGCCUACAAGCACGCCGGGGCAGCUCUUACCCUCUCUGAUAAAUAUUUCUUCCAGUCUUUAUUGUAUAGCAGGUUCUGUGAAUAGCUUUGGUAGGUGCACGUUGUCGUCAAGUUGUUUUUGUUAAUCUUGUGUUGUGAUUCAGCUCUCCAAGCAGGCAAUGGGCCUGUCUUUCUCUCACAGGAUCCUGCAAGCAAUAAAUAUCAUUCUCUCAUCCCACUGGCUCCAAAACAACUUUCAGGCACCACCAAACCUCUCACCACUAAACUCUCCUCCAAUCACUGAGGGUGAAAGCUUGCUUUUAGGAUAUAAAGUCAUUUACAAUAGAUAUUGAAAAAUUAUAGUUAUAUUAAUAAUAUCCUCUCCCCUUUUAAAUAACGAAACAGAGUUUAAGAAUUCCAACUGACUAGAGUCCAACCAGUUGGCUCUUGACAAGAGUGGCACAUCAACAUCAAAAUUGAAUCAUCUAAGGGUCAGGGCAGGACUUGAACUUGGGUCCACCUAACCUCCAACUGCUCAGCCACGCUGCCUCACAUUGACUCUGUCAUCACUGGCAAGAUGGGUGUCGUUCCUGCAAGAAAAAAUUCUGUAGAUGUUAUAAAUCUUAAAUGGUUGAGAUGGUUGGGUGUUUUAUCCAUAUUUAUCUUGCAACUUCCUCUCAGACCAUUAAAAUGUAUCCAGCUACUUUGACCUUAAGCUUUGUCAAGAAUGCAUGUAAAUAAUUAUUGAACUGGAUACUUAGGAUGCCUUCCAGAGUCAAAGGAAGCAACAGACAGCAGGGAUAUUUGGAGUGAAGCAGAGAUACCAGAGGGAGGUCAUGGUGAGGAUGAAUUUGACCCAAGACCAGCCCCAGAGUAAGUAAACUGGCCAAUAAAAGCUUACUCACAAAGAACUCUUGAUUUUAGCACUUCCUUGUGGUACUUUAUCCCACAACUAUUUAUUGACCUUAUAAUAGGGUGUUGCCAGUUCAUUGUCUCUCAGGUGAUGUUUUACUGCCAAGCAUCUGCUCACAGCAUUAUGCUUACAAUUUGUAACCUCUAGUUCUAUUCUGUACAUUAAGCUUGGUUACACAUUAGGCAAUGUGAUUUUGUGGCAGGGACAAAACACCUCAUGUGUACUGAUAAAAUGCAACAGCCAAAUCAUGGUCCAUCAAGGAUCUGGGAUAAACUUUGAAAAAUCAAUCCAGUUUGACUUUAUGCAAUUUCUCACUGCAACUUUGCAGGUAUGAAAUGGUGUUCAAGCAAGCAGUGACUACAGAGGAUAUGUAUCUACAGAUGACUGGCAGAAAUCCAUCUACUGCAAGCUGUGAAGAUUUAGUGGUAGGUAAAUCCUAACAAUGCUCACAGAAUAUGUUUGUGAAAAAUGACUGCUCUCAGCGUAGCUAAGUUGAGUUUUUAAUUCCAGUGGCUACAGUAGUUACUGCACUCAACAUCAGUCCCUGGGUCAAAGCUGUUGCUCGUCUCUAGAACCAUUGUAAUUGAAAUAAUAAACAACACUUUACCUAAAAUUCAAAGUCACAGUUUUACAACAGCCUAAUGUGAAUAGCAAUGUGUGCUUGAAAACGUUCUUUCUUUUUAACUUAAUCACAAAUUUAAAGAUAAAUAAAUAAAUAAUUGAACAACUGAAAUUAUUAAUAUCAAUUAGAUAUUCUUUUUUUUUUGAAGAGCUAGGUCUCUUAAUAUCUGUAAAUGAUAAAGCCAAGAAGAUUCCAUGCAGUCUUAGGUUUGACCCAAUUUUUAGCUUUCCCUUGCAUUGGCCUUGCAGAUAAAAAUCAAGCUUCCAGAUACAGAGUACAAUGAUGUUAAUUUGGAUGUCACAGACACAUUUCUCGACUGCAGAACUCCUAAAUAGUAAGUGAAAAUAGAAAAUGGAAUUAAAAGCUCGAGACCAUUAGGACCAGCGUAAGCUGUGACAGAAGCUAUUUCUGCCUUAAAGAGAGUUGAGUUACCCAGAAAAUAUCAAAAUUGGCUUGUGCAAAUGAAGAAGUAAUAUAUUUUGUGGAGACAAAAUCCAGCUUGAUGAGGUUUUUAAUUAGCUACUUAAGCAUCCCUCUUAAAAGAAAUGUCUAACAGGGGUAUCCACCUUCCACGGGAGUGGCCAUCUUACAAGACUGUCCAUGUUACAGAAGCAACCUCUUUGUGUUCCCUUGUCCCAACACUGCCCACAGCAGUCAAAUGAGAGGAAUGUUAACAACCCUACCCCCAAUGAUCUCUCCAAGUUGUCACAAUGUUGUUUUUAAAAUAUCUUUCCACACAGUUAAUGCUAUUAUCUUUUUCAGCAAACUUGGUGUACAUCUUCCCCACCCAGUGGACAGUAAAAAUGGCAAAGCACAGUGGGACAAAGACAGGGAGCUACUAACAGUCACAGUGCAACUUGUUCGAGAAUAUGACUUCCUCACAAAGUGAAAGAUAAGAACUUCAGUGUUUUAGUAAAGCAUUCUUUGGCUUGGUUCAAUAUCAGGGUAUUACAAGAUUUGUAAGAAAAAGAAAUGUUGCUGGUUGGUAUCCAAGAAUAGCAAUGGCCAUGAUGUUAACUCAAGGCUGUGUUUCUCCAAGAUUCUGUGGCUAUUGUCUGGAUUCAUUUACCUCGUGUCUCUCCAUUUGCAAAAGGCAUAUUUUUUCUCCUGCAUGUUUCUUGUCAAUGAUUGAUGAAGAAAGUGUUAAGUGCAGUGUUCAGGACAAUGGAAAGUCAUGAAGAUAGGAUAAUUCUCAUCCCCAGAGCCCCUCUGUCCUUUUAGCUGAUGGAGGCCUGGGAAUACAGCUCAUACCCAACAGCUAAGUGGGGACAGGUGCCUGCUAGUGAAAGCAGUGAACGUUUGCAUCAGCAGGAUAGGAUCAAGUUGUUUUAUGGACCGUCACAGUGAAGUGGUGGUUAUCUGCUCUUUCUGAUGGUCAAAACUUUCCACUGGGCUAAAAUGUGCCAAAUGAACCCGUUGAUGCAAUAAGAAUGGACUGAAAUAAUUAUAUGAAACUGGUUAAGGCUUUUAUGAUCAGAAAUUUACAGUCAAUGAAAUAAUUUUUUGCCAUAAGAACUGAGUUAUUCCAACGAAACAAACUUUUAAACAAACAUAUUAGAAUUAAAAACAGUAUUCUCAAACUGUGACUAAUUCAAACAGAGAAAGCAAAGGGAA